AUGUCCAGAGCGAUGCUUCCGGCUUCCUAUACCCGCUACAAAAUCCGCAACCCUAAAUCCUACGCCGCCCACCAAGAAGCCAUCAAACACCUUCCUGGCGGCAACACCCGCUCCUCCAUCUUCUCCACCCCAUUCCCCCUCACCUUCACCUCUGGCCACAAGGCCACCCUCACCUCCCUAGAUGGAGAUACAUACACCGAUUUUCUAGGUGAAUAUAGCGCGGGUCUCUUCGGCCACUCCAAUGAACGGAUUUCCAAUGCUGUAUCCGCAGCCAUGGCAGGCGGUUGGAACUUUGGCGGCAUCAGUGUACAUGAGAGCGCUUUUGCAGAGCGUGUGUGUGACCGCUUCAAGGAGGCCGGGAUGGAGAUGGACGGGAAUGACGAGACAAGGAAGACUAUAACGAAGAGCAAAAUUCUCGUCUUCAGCAAUGCGUAUCAUGGUGCAACACUUACGUUUCCUAUUACCCUCGUCGCGGAUGCCGAUGGUGGUGAUGAUGAUGGCGGUGGUAGUAAAGUGGUCAGCGGCGGCACCGCAAGCGCCGCAGCGACUAAUCUCCCCCAUGACUUCGUCAUCGCGCCCAGCCUUGCUGCGAUCCUCUUUGAGCCCAUGCAGGGCGCGGGUGGCUGUCGCACCGCCACCAAAGAAUUCGCCCGUUUCCUGCGGCAGGUUGCAGACGAACAUUCCGCGCUCCUCAUCGCUGAUGAGGUCAUGACGUCCCGAUUGGCGCCUGCGGGGUUAUGUGUGGGGCUUUUUGGUAUCACGCCCGAUAUCAUGACGUUGGGGAAAUGGGUUGGUGGUGGGAUGAGUUUUGGUGCAUUCGGGGGUAGGCGGGAGAUUAUGGAGCUGUACCUGCCUGCUGAUCCGGGGGAGAGGAAGGGAAAGGGGAGGCUGAGCCAUGCGGGGACUUUUAAUAAUAACAUCUUGACAAUGGUGGCGGGCUUCGAGGCAUUGGGGAUUUAUACGAAGGAGAGAGUCGGGGUGCUCAAUCGGUUGGGAGAUAGGUUGAGAAAAGGUAUUUGGACUUUGCUCGCUGAUCGGAGGAUUAUAAGUAAACAUCUAAGCCAGGGCGGAGAGGCUGGCGAAGCGUAUGGGAUUGUGGAGGUUGAUACCUUUGAUCGGGAGCGGCAGGGAAAGGAAGCCAAGGCACUUCCGAGGAUGUUUGUGAGUGGGCAUGGGAGCUUGAUAAAUGUGCGGUUUACGGGGUUCGAGGCGAAGGUGUGGCAGGCGUUAUUCUAUCACCAUAUGCUAGACGAACACAUUUAUCUUGCUAUGAGGGGUUACAUGGCUUUGACGAUAGAGACGACUGAAGAUGAUGUUGAUAGGCUCAUCAGAUGCGUGGAAGGCUUUCUGGACCGGACAACACAAGAUUGUGAAACGGAGAUUUGA